AACGAAACGAACUUAGACAGUUAGUUUCUAAAUUUGUCGGAAAAUGGAGGAUAUUGUCGACCAAGAAUUCAGCAAUUACUGGGAACCUAACUCCUUCCUCCAUAACGAAGACUUCGAAUACGACAGAAGCUGGCCUUUGGAGGAAGCUAUUUCUGGGUCGUAUGAUUCGAGUUCGCCGGAUGGGGCUGCUUCGUCGCCGGCUUCUAAGAAUAUUGUGUCGGAGAGAAACAGAAGACAGAAACUUAACCAGAGACUCUUCGCUCUUCGAUCAGUUGUUCCCAAUAUCACUAAGAUGGAUAAAGCAUCAAUAAUCAAAGAUGCUAUUAGUUACAUAAAAGGAUUACAAUAUGAAGAAGGGAAACUCGAAGCCGAGAUCAGAGAACUUGAAUCUACACCAAAGAGUAGCCUUAGUUUCAGCAAAGAUUUUGAUCGUGAUUUACUUGUUCCUGUCACAUCCAAGAAGAUGAAGCAGCUUGAUUCUGGUUCUUCCACUUCUCUCAUCGAACUUCUCGAAUUGAAGGUAACAUUCAUGGGAGAGAGGACAAUGGUGGUGAGUGUAACAUGUAAUAAGAGGACAGAUACAAUGGUGAAACUGUGUGAAGUCUUUGAGUCUUUGAAUCUCAAAAUCCUCACUUCCAAUCUCACCUCUUUCUCUGGCAUGAUCUUCCACACUGUCUUUAUUGAGGCGGAUGAAGAAGAACAAGAGGUGUUGCGGUUAAAAGUAGAAACAGGAAUAGGAGCUUAUAAUGAAACUCAAAGCCCCACUUUGAGCAUCGACUCUCUUUACUAAUAACUCUUUUUUUGUCCUUUUGAAUUCUCUCUUUACAAUAAUAUACAUGUCUCAUUUCA